AUGUGGAUACAGACGAAGCUCAACUGGUUUCCGCUUUCGGUAACCGAACAAUCAGGAUCGAGUGUCACCGUUGCGAUUCUCGUGGAAAACCAGACGAUUGUUCGGGCUCUGAUAUUUUUGGAAACUGUGAACCCUGGUUCACUUCAGGAACCCGUCUCUGUCCUCUUUUCUACGGGAUCGGGCAUUUUCAGAGGAGUUCUGAUAAGCUCUCGUGCGAAACCGAGACCGACCGAGCUGUCGGCACAUGCUGCACUUCGAUUGACACAGAUUGAAGAAGAAUUUAUGAUGAUGUACCAUCAGCCCAUGCCCGAUACAGUUUUUCGCGUUCCUCGGGAUCCUACCCCUUGCAGAUUUGAAGUCCAUCCACCACGCGAAGCUAGUUUCCUCCCCUGUGGAUGGCGGAAUAGACUACUCGAUAUGGUGCAACUUUCUGGGGAAUUACGGCCUCGGGUUGGGGAUGCACAAGUAUGUAGAGCCGUGACAUAA